UCCGGGUCCAGCCCCGGGCGACUCCUCCCCCGGUUACGCUGGAGCUUUUAGUUUCGAUUUCGUUCAAGCGGCCGCAGACCCUUGCAGCGGAGCGACGGAGACGUAAGCCAUCUCCGGUAGUCCAGUCGCCGUGGGAACGAUGGCAGACGAUCAAGGCCAUAUUGUGGAGCAGGGGGCUGAGGAUCCCGCAAACAAUGAUACAGUUGAUGCAAAGCCAGACCGGUCCUCUUUUGUCUCAUCGAUCUUCAGUAAGAAGAAGAGAAAUGACUCAGGGAAAUCAGUCAACAUCCCCCGGGACCGGGUGCCUACAUAUCAGUAUAACAUGAAUUUUGAGAAGUUGGGCAAAUGCAUCAUCAUAAACAACAAGAACUUUGACAGAAUAACAGGAAUGGGUGUCCGCAACGGCACAGACAAAGAUGCAGAGGCUCUUUUCAAGUGCUUCCGGAGCCUGGGUUUCGAUGUGAGUGUCUAUAACGACUGCUCUUGUGCCAAGAUGCAAGAUCUGCUGAAAAAAGCUUCUGAAGAAGACCACAGAAAUUCAGCCUGCUUUGCCUGCAUCUUAUUAAGCCAUGGAGAAGAAAAUUUAAUUUAUGGAACAGAUGACAAGAUAGCAAUAAAGGACUUGACAGCCCAUUUUAGGGGGGAUCGAUGCAAAACCCUGUUAGAGAAACCCAAACUCUUCUUCAUUCAGGCUUGCCGGGGGACAGAGCUCGAUGACGGGAUCCAGGCCGACUCGGGACCUAUCAAUGACACUGAUGCUAAUCCCCGAUAUAAGAUCCCAGUUGAAGCCGACUUUCUCUUUGCCUAUUCCACAGUUCCAGGCUAUUAUUCAUGGAGGAGCCCAGGGAGUGGCUCCUGGUUUGUGCAGGCCCUCUGUUCCAUCCUGAAUGAGCAUGGGAAGAGCCUGGAGAUCUUGCAGAUCCUCACCCGGGUGAAUAACAGGGUGGCCAGGCACUUUGAAUCCCAGUCUGAUGAUCCACGCUUCCACGAGAAGAAGCAGAUUCCAUGUGUGGUCUCCAUGCUCACCAAGGAACUCUACUUCUGAAGAUAAUUCAUUCCAGGGGAAUGCACCAGCUGAGAAGCUACGGAUCAUUUGUUGAUGAAUCAGAAAUUUUUUUUGUAAUGCUCUUAAAAGAUCCAGAAAUUCUAAAAGAUUUUAAUUUCAGGAAAAUUAUUGAUUCAAUGGGAAAGAAACUCUCUGGUGCUGUCUUACGGUCUCUGAAUUUUCAGAGACUUUUUUUUUUACAUUGUUAUCCAUUUGAUGACUUUUUCUCUUAAGAUUCAUUUUGUUUGUCUUUCUCCUUGUUGUCGCACUUAGUACAUACAACAAAAAUGACCUCUGCAAAUGACUUUUGACUGUGUCCACCAUAACUGGUGGUGACUUUGGAAGACUGUCAGAGUCAUAUUCGUAGUGGCAAAGAGAGUCUUGACAAAAAACAGCCAAAGGGAUAUUAUUCGCCUAUAUUGCAGAAAGUGGAAUAUCGAAUGCAGUUUGAGUGAAUUUUUCAUUGACUUAGGGAAGAUUCUUGUGCAAAAAUUCCCAGAUAUGUUAAGAGGCAGGAAAAAAUAAAAUGAUUCUAAUAUGUAGCAGUCGGGAUCCAGUCAAGAAAACGGAAACCAUUCUAGGUAUUUCAGUAGAGAGAAUUUAAUAGAGGAAAUUUACAUACAUAGAUGAUGAAAGAGAAGAUAAAUGACAGGAAGCUGUAACCCACGUGGCACUAGUGAUGAAGAACCCGCCUGCCAGUGCAGGAAAGCUAAGAGACUCGGGUUCAAUCCCUGGAUCAGGAAGAUUCCCCUGGAGGAGGGCAUGGCAACCCACUCCAGUAUUCUUGCCUGGAGAAUCCCAUGGACAGAGGAGCCUGGUGGGCUGUAGGCCAUAGAGUCACAGAGUCGGACACCACAGAGGUGACCUAACAUGCACAUGCGUUGUCACAUAGGCUUAUGAGGAGGUGUGGUUCCUUAAGUCCAGAAACCGGGAUCCUGCACAGGAGCUGAAACCAUGGUGGGGCUGCCUGGUGGGAGCUAGACCGCCCAGGAGUUGUAGGAAAUGAAGCAAUGGCAGGGACAAAGCCACUGCCCACGAUGAAACAACACCAGAUGAGUCAGACCUGGAAAAAUUCCUCAUUUUUUCCACCUCGCCUCCUGCCCUGUAAUCUUCCUUCAACACCUUACCCUUCCAGCUCUACCUGGAAGCCAUCUGGCAAGGGUCCUUGGAAAUGUGAUUUCCUGCAAUACAGAGCAUAGCCAGGCAUAGUGAGGCAGAGAAGGAACGAGAAAUGGUUAUGGGCCUGGUUCACAAUGUGAACAGAAGGAAUUCUAUUCCCCGUGUUCAGCGAUUCAUCCAUUCAGUCAUUUAUUCAUUGAGUUGUCAGACAAUCUGUGCAUUACCUACUAUGUGCAAAUUCAUCUAUUUUAGCUUUAUAAUCUACCUGGAACUUUUUAGGUUAUUCCAAGCUUUAUUCAGAGUAAAUUUUUGUGACCUCUAAUUCUCUAAAUGGAGAAAGGUUUAUGGUGAAAAUGUUUGCCCUGUGCUUUCAAGGUGGUGUUCUCUUUUGAAUUCUUGAUAAAUUACUGUUUUAUUUUGCCUAGUAACUUGUUAACAAGUGUUUAUAUUUAUUGAUUAAAAUAUGGUUAAUUCCUAA